AUGGAAACAAUUACACCAGACGCAGGCACGGUCACGGACGUGGUUGAUGUCGACGACUACAUGUUUCACUGGGAGACUGAAGAGGAAGAGCGACCACAACACUACUUUCCUGGCAGCUACCAUCCCGUCGAAAUUGGUGAUCAAUUUUCCAAUGGAAGGUACACCAUCGUCCACAAACUUGGUCAUGGUGGAUAUAGCACCGUCUGGCUUGCUCGCGAUGAGAAACAUGGCCAAUUUGUUGCAAUUAAGAUAAUGGUCCCCGAGCACCAGUCACAGUCUGAAGCACACAGCUACGGCAUUGAAAUCGACUUUCUGCGUGAACUCCAUCAGAUUCCUACCAACCAUCCUGGAAAGCUGAUGCUCAUGUCUUGUCUGGACUCCUUCAGUCAUAAUGGACCCAAUGGGAGCCAUCUCUGCAUUGUGAGUCUGCCUCAUCGAAUGAGCAUUGGUCAAAGUAGGUAUGAAUCUCAUGGCACUGGAACCUUCGAACUACAAGCGGCGCGGGCAAUGUCCGCCCAAUUAAUCAUCAUGCUGUCCUUCCUUCAUUCGAAUGGCGUGGUACAUGGAGACUUUACGCCGAACAACGUUCUUCUUGCGCCACCUGACCUAUCUCAUUUGACAAUCGAGGAUCUCUACCAUAAGUAUGGAGAGCCUAUCAAAGCCAUGACUGAGCGUCGCGACGGCAAACCGAUCCCCCACGGUGUCCCGCCCUACAUCGUGCCGGAAAUCUGGUUUGGCGACCGAAGCACAGACCUGGAGCUUCGAAAUGCGAAACUCACCCUGACCGACUUUGGUGAGGCUUGGAGGCCAGCUUUGCGUUCGCGAUAUCAGCUUAACACUCCUGACAACUAUCGCGCCCCUGAAGCGAAUUUCGCCGAGAAGGAAAACGUUCCUAUUAGCUUCCCGUCUGAUAUCUGGUCUCUUGGCGUGGGAAUAUUCGAGAUCUUUGGCAACCACCUGUUUGAGGGUUCGCCAGAUCCAGAUGGCAUGCUUGAAGACAUGAUCAACACCCUUGGCAAACCACCCCAGAGAUGGUGGGACCUGUGGGAGGCCAAAGAUGAAUUCUUCAGAGGAGACGUAGAGUGGGAUGAAGACGGAACCUAUCCAUACAGAGAGCAUAUCCUACUGGAGGAGAGAGUGCGUGGGUGGAUCGGAGAUGUCCAUCGGGAUGAGAUGACGACUGAGGAACUUGAGGACCUGUACAGCCUCGUCAAGGGGGUUCUAUGCUGGGAGCCUGAUGAUCGUCUCACUGCAGACGAGCUACUUCGAGGAGAUUGGAUGAAGAAAUGGGGGCUACCAGCAUUGCAGGCGAUGUAUGAGGCUCGCGGGGAAGGCCGCAAUAUCAUGUCGGAGAUCGACUCCAUUGAUCGAACGGAGCUAGCUGCCGCCGAAAACGGCGGUUCAACCAGGUGGAAAGCCGCCGUGUCUGGGGUAUUCUUGCCAGAGUUCGCAACAGCAUGGUGGACGAAGACGGCUGCUACCAGAAAGAUGGCCGACAAUUCCUCAUGCUCGACCACGGCGGCAAUGGAUACGUCCACCGGCAACUCUUGCCCCGGCAAAAGUACGGCCAAGAUUGAAGCUGAGUCGCGGCAUCCGAACAUUGAUUUCACCUUUGGGGAGACAUGGACGCAGGAUGAUUUAGACAAACUAGAUAUCCUGGUCUGGAACGAUGACGAGCCAGAAGAGUUCUACGCAAAUUACUAUGAAGGGGGGCUGCAUCCGGUCCGGAUUGGAGAUCAACUCGCCGAUGGAAGAUACACGAUUUUCCACAAGCUCGGCCGUGCAAGCUUUUCAACGGCGUGGCUUGCGCACGACGAGAAGGUGAACUGCAAUGUCGCGAUCAAGAUCACCGGAGCCCAAUUUACCAAGUCUUCAAACGAAGCCGAUGUUCUCAAGUUCAUCUCGAGCAGGCCCAACGGAACCCACAGCUGUCUCGUGAGCAAGCCGGCUUCAUUUACGGUUGCCCAAGGCCUGUUACGGAUGAAAAAGAAACGGGCUUUGCCUGCGGAAGUAGCCCGAGCUAUCACGGCCCAAAUCAUCAUCAGUUUGGACGCUUUGCAUUCUAUCGGCAUCGUUCAUGGAGAUCAGACAUUCGAAACGCAGACAAUCGAAGAGAUAUACAAAUCAUACGAUCGCCCUCCCCAAAUUCCACUGCACUUGUACCAAGCAGCAACUCUCAGGAAGCCCCCGGUCCCCGAUAACGCGCCGCCAUACAUCGUUUCGAGCGUGUACGCCAUAAGAGGAUUCGACACUAUUGAGCUUCCAGACGCAGAGGUAAUGAUUGGUGACUUCAGCGAGUCAUGGAGGCCAUCGCAGGAGACGAAGCACGAACUUACAACGUGGCCUCCCUCUCAAGCACCCGAAUCAUUGUUUGGGAAGAGACUCAACAUCACCAUGGAUCGACCUGCAGAUAUCUGGUCUCUCGGAUGUCUCAUAUACCAGCUGUUUGGAGUUAGGGUCAUUUUGGAUACGGUGCAUUAUGACCCCGACGUCAAUUUCGCAAGAACGGUCGGAAUGAUUGGAAAGCCACCAAAGCAAUGGUGGGAUCUGUCGAAGAAAAAAGACGGGUUGGAUAGCAAUGAGGGCAACAAUGAUGUAGCCCAUGAUGAUUUGGAUGAAAACGAAACCAUUGAUGACGAAACUAAAGCAUCAUUGAGACGGCGGGUGAAGGUUUGGCUCCCGAAAGAUCGCGGUUAUGAUCCGGAUCAUGUCAUGGAUGAGGAGCUCGAAGACUUGUUGGCUCUUCUGGAAUCCAUCUUUCACUGGCUUCCUAAUGAAAGGGCGACUGCUUCUGAUCUCGUAUUCUCACUUUGGAUGAAGAAAUGGGGACUACCAGCCAUGGAGGCCAUGAAGAAGGGAAGAGAAGCGAAGAACAAGGAGGUUGGAAAGGCAUGA